UUAAAGAGACCCAAAAACAUCUCAAAAAUGAGAUGUGUUUUUUUGCUUUUUUUAUCUCAAUAACUUGUGUUAUAUAUUGUUGUCCUGAAAGACGAUUGUUUUAAAAUCUCAAACGCACAAAAAAACGAAGUGCAAAAUGGAGUCCUUAUCUCAUAAUUACAAGAAAAGAUCUUGUAAUUAUCUGCUUCUGUAUAACAUAAUCCAAUUUUAUAAAAAAAAAAAAAGAAUUUAAAAUAUUUUAAAAAAAAUAAAUAUAUAAUCAUUUGGGACCUCCGGGACUCCGUACAUUAUGGAUUUUGUGGAUUUUUUCUUUUCUUUUCAUUUCAGGGGAAUGUUGUUUGACAUUUCAGAGCCACCAUAGAAGAAGAAGCCGCAACAUAACUGAAAAAUUACAGAAAAAUUGGGGAAAGAAGCAAAACAUUUGAAUAUUUAUUUGAACGGUAAACUCCUGUAAGACUUCUUCUUCUUCUUCUUCUUCUUCGUCUGUUUGUAUAAUUAUCAUUCAGACGUUAAAGUCCUCUCAUGUCAGUUUUGGGGGUUUUUAGCCUCCAUGUGUGAAGGCACUUCUCCACCUCCCUGUGAACUCACUGUAAACAAACCGACCUCAUGAAUAUUAAUCAGUGGGCGGGGUCUGUCGGUGGAUAUUACCCAGCCUCCUGCGGGGCCGCUGAAGUGCUGUCCGGGCUCCAGCUGCAGCCAGUCGGGCUCCAGACCGUGUUCAGCGGAGACGAUAAUAAAGAGAAUCAGGACAAUAGCAGACAAAAGGUUUCCGUGCAGGAAGGAGGCAGGACGUCGUCUUUACUGUCAGGACUUUGUGGGGAUCUUUUUUUUUUUUUUUUUGGAAAGAAAAGCUUGUGCAUGUCCCAUCCGGAGGAGUAUAAACCCGGAGCGGAGGGUCGCACCGACUUCCAGUGAACCCCCGAGAGCCGCCAGGCAGCAGCCCGCCGCCGGUAUGACCCUCACCCGGAGCCCCGUCCUCCUCCUCCUCCUCCCCGCUGCCUUCAGCCUGCAGCUCCUGCUGCUCUCCGCCCGCAUCAAGGUUUCUUCAGCUUCAGGACACUUUGAGUUUCAGAUUUUGUCGAUGCAGAAUGUUAACGGGCAGCUGCAGAGCGGCGCCUGCUGCGACGGAUCCCGGGACGCGACGGAUCGGCGCUGCACGACGGACGAAUGCGACACCUACUUCCGCGUCUGUCUGAAGGAGUACCAGCUGAAGGUGUCCUCGGCCGGGCCCUGCAGCUUCGGCACCGCCUCCACGCCCGUGCUCGGUGGGAAUACCUUUUCUUUACGCAACGCCAAGAGCGACAAAGCCAGGAUCGUGCUGCCGUUCAGCUUCGCGUGGCCGAGGUCGUACACGUUGAUCGUGGAAGCUUUGGACUUCAACAACGACUCGUCCUCCGGCGGCGUCGGCGGGGCGGUGAUCGAGAAAGCCGUCCACUCUGGGAUGAUCAACCCGAGCCGGCAGUGGCAGAGCCUGAAGCACAACGGCCCCGUGGCUCAGUUCCACUUCCAGGUCCGUCUCAGCUGUGACGAGCACUACUACGGCUUCGGCUGCAACAAGUUCUGCCGCCCGCGAGACGACUUCUUCGGACACUACGAGUGCGACCACAACGGCAACAAGACGUGCCUGGAGGGCUGGUCCGGUCCAGAUUGCAACACUGCGAUCUGCAGGCAGGGCUGCAGCACUGAACAUGGAUCCUGUAAAGUUCCUGGAGAGUGCAAGUGUCUGUAUGGCUGGCAGGGUGAGUACUGUGAUCAGUGCAUCCCUCAUCCCGGCUGUGUUCACGGCAGCUGUGUGGAGCCCUGGCAGUGUCUCUGCGACACCAACUAUGGAGGACAGCUGUGUGACAAAGAUUUGAACACGUGCAGGACGCGUCAGCCAUGUUUGAACGGAGGAACCUGCAGCAACACGGGACCUGAUAAAUACCACUGCUCCUGUCCCGACGGCUUCUCCGGCGUCAACUGUCAGAGAGCUGACCACGCCUGUCUGUCCGACCCCUGCUUGAACGGAGGCAGCUGUGUGGAAACCAGUCAGGGGUUUGAGUGUCGCUGCGCCGCCGGAUGGACCGGACCGUCCUGCUCCAUCAAUGUGGACGAGUGUCUGGUGAACCCCUGCAGUCACGGAGGAACCUGCCAGGACCUGAUCAACGGAUUCAAGUGCACCUGUCCUCCUCAGUGGACCGGAAAGACCUGCCUCAUCGACGCCAACGAGUGUGCAGAAAACCCCUGCGUCAACGCCAACUCCUGCCGCAACCUGAUUGGAGGAUACUUCUGCGAGUGCCUCCCGGGUUGGACGGGCCAGAACUGCGACAGCAAUAUUAACGACUGUCGAGGUCAGUGUCAGAACGGAGCCACAUGCAAGGACCUGGUCAACAGUUAUAAAUGUGUGUGCGCUCCGGGUUUCGGCGGCGAACACUGUGAGAAAGACGUGGAUGAGUGCACCAGCGGGCCGUGCCUCAACGGCGGCCGUUGCCAUGACGAGGUCAACGGCUUCCACUGCCUGUGUCCACCUGGUUUCUCUGGACGACGCUGUCAGCUGGAUAUCGAUUACUGCCUCCACGGCCCGUGUCAAAACGGCGGCCAGUGUUUCAACCUGGCGGCCGACUACGUCUGUAAAUGUCCCGAAGACUACGAGGGCAGGAACUGCUCGCGCCUGAAGGACCACUGCCGCACCACGCCCUGCAAAGUGAUUGACAGCUGCACGGUGGCGGUGGCGUCUAAUAGCACUCCGGGUGGGGUGCGUUUGAUUUCGUCCAACGUGUGCGGCCCCCACGGGCGGUGCCGGAGCCACGCCGGCGGACAGUUCAGCUGCGAGUGUGAGGAAGGAUUCACCGGCACCUACUGUCACGAGAAUAUUAAUGACUGUGAGAGCGCCCCCUGUCUGAACGGAGGAACCUGUAUUGAUAAAGUCAGUCAGUAUCAGUGUAUCUGUGCUGAAGGCUGGAACGGCCCCACCUGCCAGAACAACAUCGAUGACUGCAGCUCCGCUCCCUGUCAGAAUCGAGGCGUCUGUCGAGAUCUGGUCAACGACUUUUACUGCGAAUGUAACAACGACUGGAAGGGAAAGACCUGUCACUCAAGAGAGAGUCAGUGUGACGAGGAGACCUGUAACAACGGAGGAACCUGCUACGACGAAGGAGACACCUUCAAGUGUCUGUGCCCUGCAGGCUGGGAGGGAACCACCUGUAACAUCGCAAAGAACAGCAGCUGUCUGCCGAGUCCCUGCGAGAACGGAGGAACCUGCGUGGUGAACAGAGACUCCUUCAGCUGCGUCUGUAAGGACGGCUGGGAGGGCGCCACCUGCAGCCACAAUGCCAACGACUGCAGUCCUCAACCCUGUUAUAACAGCGGGACCUGCGUCGAUGGAGACAACUGGUAUCGGUGUGAAUGUGCUCCGGGGUUCGCUGGUCCAGACUGCAGGAUCAACAUCAAUGAGUGCCAGUCGUCUCCCUGCGCCUUCGGUUCCACCUGCGUGGAUGAAAUCAACGGUUACCGCUGCGUCUGUCCGCCAGGAAGAACCGGCGCUCGCUGCCAAGAAGUGUCGGGGAGGUCCUGUGUGGUCGGCGGGCUCGUCGCUCUGGAUGGAAGCAGAUGGGACGAAGACUGCAACAGCUGCCGCUGUCUGAACGGGAGAAUCUCCUGCACAAAGCUGUGGUGCGGACCGAGACCUUGUAACCUCCACGGUAAGACUCGCGGCUCAGAGUGUCCGGCCGGUCAGACCUGCGUCGCCGUCCGGGACGAGAGCUGCUUCGUCAAGCCGUGUCCCAGCCAGGGCGAAUGCUGGAGCCCCGCCCACCGGGCCCCGCCCACAGCCAGGUGUCAUCCGGAGAGCAGCUGCGCCAACGUCACCUUCACCUUCAACAAGGACGUCAUGGCGAAGGGCGUGACGGUGGAGCAGGUGUGUCGUGAACUCAGGAGCCUCUACGCCGUCAAGAACCUGUCGUCCGACUCCUCCGUCUCCAUGACCUGCGAGCCGUCACUCAGUGCCAACAACGAGAUCCACGUAUCCAUCUCGACGGAGGACCAGCCGAGAGGCAUGACCUUCGUCAAGGAAAUCACAGACAGGAUCAUGGAUCUGGUCAGUAAGAGGAGCGCCAACAGUUCCAUCAUCAGCGCCAUCGCGGAGGUUCGCAUCCAGAGACGACAAAACCUCAAUCCCAAUGCAGACCACCUCGUGCCGCUGCUGGUUUCCGCGGUGAUCAUCAUCUGGGCUUUGGCGGUUGCUUCGAUGUUGCUGUGGUGCGUCAGGCGGCGGCGAAAGCAGAGCGCCCACACAGGGGUCAGCACCCAGGCCUCGGCGGCGGCGGCGGCCCCGACGGCCGAGGACAACAACGCCCUCCACAACAGCGUCGUCAGCGCCGCCCGCGAGCAGCUCAACCACAUCAAGAACCCCAUCGAGAAAAACCCGCAGCACCACCUCCUCAUCCAUCACCACCUCUACGAAGACAAGAACUCCGUCAACGCCAAGAUCAGGAAGUCAGACACGGGGAGCCUGUCGGAGGAGGAGGAGGUGGACAAAAGGCUGCAGAAGGCCAGGUUCCCCCGAGCACCACCGGCGUACUCGCUGGUGGAUCGGGAGGACCGACCCCCCCACCACCACCACACGACAGGCAGACCCCCACACUGGACUAGUAAACAGGACAACAGGCAACUGCAUUCGCAGAGCGUAAACAGGAUGGAGUACAUUGUAUAGCCAACGGGGCUCACGAUGGCUGGACUUUUGUGACCUGCUGGGGGUGUUUUUGGUCAUUUUUUUUAGUCUUUUUUAUGUUACUUUUUUGUACAGAACUGAAAUUUCCAGAUGGAUUUUUGCUGUUUAAUUUAUGUUUUGACUGACACUGGCCUGAACGGUCCACUGCGGUUGGCUGGAUCUCCGAUUUUUGUGGACACCGUAAAACAACAGAAUCUGGACAGGAGCGUUGCUACGUUGCAUCCUAAACGCCUCACGAUCACUAUCUCACAUUCAACAAUGAGUUUUGUAUUUGAAUGACGAAUUUGGAAAAAAAAAAAUUAUUUAUUUUGUUGGGGGGUUUUUUUUCGGAAGGAGAAAAUUAAGUGAGUCAGCAGUCGCUGCCAAUAUGAAGAAUCGUCCACGUCGAAUGUUCAGAUGUGUACAUAAUUUUUUAAUUAAUCAUUGUGUAUAUUUGAUUUAUUAACUUAAUCAUCAAGAGCCUUAAGAUAUUUCUUUUUUUAUUUAUGAGUAUUGUUUAGAGUUGAAUGUUCAGCAGCUUUGUAAGCUCACGACUUCUUGAUGGAAAUAUUGUUUUUCUGAUAUAUUUUUCGUCAAAUGCCAAAAGUGUUCUUGAAAGAAUAGUUUUUAUUUUUAGCCGUUUUUGGAUCUGGGCAUUUUUUGUGCCUCAACUAAAUGUUUUGUUCAAUCGUCUGUCGUUUGAUGCAGUUUUGUCGGUAUGUUUGCCAAGAUGUAAAAGUACUUCACAUGGAAAUGGAAAGGGAGCGGGGGGGGGGGGGUGAGUGAUGGCGGGUUAGAGGCUCAUUGUGCUGCUGCAGGGUCUUUAUACAAACCAACAGCCUUUUUUUUUUCUUCCUGCUGCGGUCGGGAAGAAGGUACCAGAUACACCAGGCCAGCACUGAGAGGCUCAGGAAGAGCUUCUACCCUCAGGCCACUGGGAUCCUAGACGAGGUCACUGCCUCAGACUGCCCCCCCCCCACCCCCCCUUCCCUUCGUACAUUUUCACUUUAGUGUUUUUUUGGACCUUGAGAAAUAAAAGUCUUUGUGUUUGUUCCUGUCAGUACUGUAUUAUUAUUUAAAUUAUACUUCCUAAAAACAUGUUAUUGUGCAGGAGGUUCAACUUCAGAAUCUAAAUCAUUGUUCCGUUUUUUUUAACAUCAACUGUUUUGAUUUAAAACGAACUGCAAAGGAACGUAGCAGCCGCGAUUAAUCGGCAUGGCAACCCAGAAUAAUAAAUAAUAAAUGGUUGUGACUAACUAGCUUAUCCAGACACAUUAUCUGCACGUUAGUGUGGCUGAAAUGUGAAGUCAAUGAUCAUAGAUAGGUCAGCUGACUCUCUAGCUGUUUGCUAAACUAAAGCAAAUUUUGCAAAAUUUAAAUUGUAACACAAUUAAGAGCAGAGUUUUAUGAGACAAUAAAGAACAGGCUAACAGAUAAUAUGUUGCCUCCAGAAAAAGCACAAGAUCAUUUAUGUUUCUCAGACUCGACAGGAAAUUUGUUUUGUUUCUGCUUUUUACUAAACUAUCAGGUAAGACAGUCAAUAAUAAUAAUCAAUAAUAAUCACUAUAAUAAACACAAAGUCUGAUUCUACAUCAUCACUAAAGAUUUGUACUUUCUUUGAAAUGUUCAGAAAUAAAAAUGGUUAAUUUAAAGGAAAAUUCCAGUUUAUUUCAACCUGACGUAUUUCCCAUAAUGGUGGUCAGUGACUCUGGGACCAUGAGGGAAAAAAAGGUUAAAUUCUCCUGGAUGCAGUAGACGGCUGGUGAAUCUCAGAGGUUAGCACCACAGUUAGCAUGAUCCAUACGGCUGCAACAGCCACAUUUAUGGAAAAUUGUCAAGUUGAAAUAAACUGGCAUUUUCAUUUAAGGCUACAUGGAUAAAGACUAAACUACCAAAACGUUAGCUAGACGUUAAUUGUGACUUGGUUUCAGCUAGCACCAACAUAAAUGAUCUUAGUUUGCAAAGAGAACUGAUUCUUCAGCUCCACCCGCUGAUAUUUAACGUACGUGGUGUUUGGUUUAGUUUUGGGUCCGUUCCAGGUUUAUUAAAUAACUGGAUUUGCUGAUCUUAUCAUUGGCUAAUCAGCUGAUCACAUCCUGUCAUGUCAGACUUUCAUUCACAUUAGCUCAGUAAUUGAACUUGAUCAAUUUCAUUUUUUAAAUCAGAAUCUUGAGUAUUUGGAGCAAUAAGAUAUAGAUGAAAUAAGA